CCUAUAUAUAUUCAUUUCUUUUCUUCAAACUUUCACCACUGAUCUUCAAGCCGAAGUAAAAACCAGAGAAUAAAAAAAGAUGGGAAAGAGCAGGGUUCUUGUUGUGGGCGCAACAGGAUACAUAGGGAGGAGAAUUGUGAAGGCGAGCUUAGCUCAAGGCCACACAACUUACGUUCUUCAGCGUCCGGAGAUCGGGCUCGACAUCGAAAAGGUGCAGAUGCUGUUAUCGUUCAAAAAAGAAGGAGCCAUUCUCGUCGAGGGCUCGUUUUCCGAUCAUCAGAGCCUGGUGGAGGCUGUGAAGAAGGCCGAUGUUGUGAUUUGCACGAUGUCCGGCGUUCAUUUCCGGAGCCACAACAUUUUGUUGCAGCUGAAGCUUGUUGACGCUAUCAAAGAGGCUGGAAAUGUUAAGCGUUUCUUACCUUCGGAAUUUGGAAUGGACCCAUCAAGAAUGGGGCACGCCCUUGAACCAGGCAAGGAAACAUUUGAUCAGAAAAUGGUAAUUAGAAGAGCCAUAGAGGAUGCUAAUAUUCCCUUCACUUAUGUCGUCGCCAAUUGCUUUGGUGGCUAUUUCGCGGGCAAUCUCUCUCAGUUCGCCACCCUUAUCCCCCCAAGGGACAAAGUCUCCCUCUAUGGAGACGGCAAUGUUAAAGUGAUUUUCAUGGAUGAAGAUGACGUGGCGACAUACACAAUCAAGGCCAUAGAUGACCCUCGAACAUUAAACAAAACGAUGUACGUGGCACCGCCGGAGAACAUUCUGUCGCAGAGACAAUUAGUCGAGGAAUGGGAGAAGCUUCUUGGAAGAAAACUAGAGAAGUCAAGUAUUUCUGCCCAAGAAAUUUUAGCUAUGUUGAAAGGGACGGAUGAUGUUGGAGCCAAGGCGGGAUUGGGACAUUUCUAUCACAUAUUUUACGAGGGAUGUUUGACAAACUUUGAAAUAGAAGAAGAGGGUCAUGAAGAAGCUUCAAAGCUUUAUCCCGAGGUGAAUUACACUCGGAUGCAUCAAUAUUUGAAAAUCUAUGUCUAAAAGUCUCGGUUCGAAAGAGAUUUGAAUUCAUAUUAUACAUCAAAUUUUCUCCAUUAUCCUUUCAAAGUUAUUUGUAUUGUUCUUCGUUCAAGUUAAUUUGUAUUCUUGGUGCCAACAAGAUUUGAUCAUGAGUCUUGUUAAAGUGGCUUUCGACACUGAGGACAAAUAAUAUAUUUUUAAGAUCUUUCAUUGCAAAAA